AUGAGACCCGCCGCCGCCGCCGUGAACCGUCUACGAAAGCCACGAUUUGGCGACGUUUCCGCGGCUUGUUAUACCACAGUACGCGGCUCAUCAGCUGUCCCCGACCCCCGGUACAAGGAUGCGCGGCGCACGACACUGCGCACGACGCUGCGUGGGAACACUGGCUCCUCACGCGACGGCCUGGCCCUGUUGCGCCGCCUGUCGUCCUUAUCUGCCAGCGAACAAGAUGCCGAGGAGCGCGCGCCUUCGACAGGUCAGCGGCCUAGCGCUUCCAUGCGGCCUCGUCCGCUCGGCAGAGACUCCAUAGAGAUCCUGAGCUCCAUCUGCAAAACAGACGAUGCCCUCAUACGCCAUGCCGAAAGCAGACCCACCUUCGAAGAGUUCAUCCGAAACAUGCACAAGACUUACGACCCAGCGAAAAGGCUAGGGGACCCAGCCUUCAAGAGCAUGGGGCCAAACUUCGAGAUGAUUGCCGAAUCCAUCAAGGAGGAAUCUCAGCCGGGUGGCAUCCUUCAUCGCGAGCCUCUGACGAAUCAGCAGUUCGAGCGAUACCACGGCAUGAUGAACAAGCUUGUCGACUCGUUGAUCAUACAGUCUUACUAUGACGAGACUCCGUCCGACCCUGAGUAUGCUCGCAAAUCUCUCCAGAGCUUGGACUCGGCCUGGACAGCCAUCCGCCUGCUCCGUUCCGAAGGAUACCCUCGUUACAACCACCCAGGACUCGACCCGGCAGCCGCAGAAGAGGGGCGUACCAAGCUCACAGACAUGUUGCGGAAACUGUUCGAUUCGUGGGACGAGUUUACACGCUCCAAGUAUCAAGUGGCCAAAAUCUGCUACAACUUGCUUGUCUGUCCGGUACCGCCCAGCAUCCACCAUUAUAAUGCCCUUAUCCUGGGCUUCACACGCAAGAGGAUGCACAAUCUUUCGGACCUAGUAGUGGAGUCUCUUCUCGACGAGAGCCGUCUACGCCCAACUCCUCAAACCGUUGCCUGCUUGCUGCUUCACUAUCGCCAGAAAGACGACAUCCUCGGCUUCUAUGGUGUCAUACGCCGGAUGCUGGCCAUUGAUAACCGUGGCCUGCUCAUAAGGCGGCGCUGGUAUGAGGAAGCAAUCCAGAUCCCAGACCUGCGCAAGUGGGCCAAGGGGCCCGAGGUCAGGACUUCUUUGAAGGGUAACUGGGUCAUUGAGAUGCCGAUGAGGAACCGAGAUAUAUACGAAACUCUUGUCUCUGGGCUCCUGCAUUUCGGUCGUGUCAAGGACGCUGCCAAGGUCUUCGUGGCCUCGCUCAAGGAGAAAUGGGGCAUCAGUGUCGAGCUUUUCAUCCAGCUGCUAAGGCAAUGUCUUUACACGCUGGAUGCCCCAGCGGCGGACAUCCUCCUGCGCGGCUUCGUUGAGAACGCUAGGGUGAUGAACGCCCUUGUUCUCCGAGCGAACUGCCCAAGGAAACUGGCGGAGCACCUUUACCCACUGUUGAAUAUGGGCCAACCGCCGAGUUGGCCCUUCUCGGAGGAGCGCGCCCGCCUGUUAUGGCACUCCAAAACCCUGGCGACCACCGCCGAGGACCGGACGAGCAUCCGGCGACUCACAGUUGCCAUGUUCAUCAGGCAAGCCGAGAACCACCUCUUGAGACUUGACAAAAUCAUUCGCCGCCUGGUGCGCAUAAAACACACUUCGCUAGGCCCGCGGGAUGUGAUCGAUUGCGCACAAAUGGGAAUGAGGGAACUUUUGUCCGUCUCCCUGCACAACCGCGAACUGGGCGCGACCCUGUUGAAGCACCAGGCGCUCCUGAAGAUAGCCACAGAGCUGGAGGAAAGGACGUGGGACGUCCUGCCGGGGACUACGGCGCAGCUGUACCGCCGUGUAGUGCUCGCCCUGGAGUUCGCCAUCCCCGGGCCGACGAUGCCGGGGAUCUGGGAGCGCUUCAAGCACGACGAGCAGAUCACCCUGCUGGCGACCCAGUGGAUGCGGUACCGGCUGAGCAAGAUGCACGGGCUCAGGAGGGAGGUGCAGCGGACCACGCUUGAUAUCGAGCUGAGACUCAUGAUGGCCCGGCGGCUGCAGGGAGCCACCCGCCGCAUACUGUUCAGCUACGGUGUGAGAAGUCUGAAGUCGCCCGUGGACAACUUCACCCGUUGGGAACUGGUUCCACCACUGGAUGACGAGAUCAACAUUGAAGAGGCGACGACCGAUGCCCAGCCAGAGGAGGCUGAUUUGGAGGACGAGUUGCCGGCUUGGGCUCCUGGCCCGGUUGUAUCCACUGCCUGA